AUGUCCCCCUCUCUCAUGAUCUUACAAGUUUCCUUUGCCACCAUAUGCCUCUUUCUAGCCGUAACCUGCUCGAAUCUCGACGGCAAUCAGCCAUGGAUCAGCUUUACUCAGUGGGCAUCGACACACGGGAACAUUAUCUACUGGAAGCUGUUCGGACGGCAAAUUAUUGUUCUACAAUCGCAGGAAAUUGCCAAAACACUGUUAGACCAUCGCUCUGGUAUUUAUUCUGACAGGCCACCACUCUAUGACACAAGGGCUGUCGGAUCUGAGUUUAACAGUGCCCAGUUAAGGUAUUCUGACGAAUGGAGGUUGCACCGGCGAAUUUACCAUCAAUCAUUCCGACCUGAGGCGGCAAAAGAUUACUUACCUCUUCAACUUCGCAAAGCUCGCCAACUAUUGCAGGGUAUCAUAGAAUCCCCCGAGCACUACCAGCACCAUAUCGAACUCUUCGCCUCGUCCGUCAUCAUGUCUGCUGUAUACGAUUAUGAGGCCAAGCCGAAGGACGACCCGCUUUUACUUGCCGCUGAAAAGGCGAUCAAGGUGUUUUUAGAGGUAUCAAGCCUCCCGAUUCAAGUCAUCCUGGAGACAUUUCCGUUUCUGCUGAAACUACCUUCUUGGAUGCCCGGAUCGGGUUUUAAAAAACUCGCUAUCCAAUCACAGAAGAAUGCUUCCGCCAUGGUCAAUAUUCCAUUUCACUAUGCACGAGAACGAACAAUGGCUGCAACUUCGAAUCAUUGUAUGGUUUCCGAGUCGUUUAAGCGGUCAGAAAUGCACAGUAAUGCGAACGAGUUCGAGCUUGCGUUGAAAUCGGCUUCUGCUACAGCAUUCAUUGCCGGAACUGCAUCAACCCUCGCUGUCUUUGUUCUUGCAAUGAUGCUCUAUCCUGAUGUACAGAAACGUGCACAGGAGGAGAUUGACGCGGUUUUAGGCAACCAACUUCCUACCUUUGAAGACCGGCCUUCGUUGCCAUAUGUAGAAGCAGUCUUACGCGAGACGUUUAGGUGGCAUCCUGUGUUCCCUCUUGGUUUACCGCAUUACACUUCAGACAGUGACGUGUACAAUGAUUAUUACAUCCCCAAAGGCGCAAUUGUUGUGGCAAAUAUCUGGGCCAUGUCACAAGACGAAGUGAAAUAUCCGAACCCUAAUGAAUUCAAACCAGAAAGGUUUUUAAUGGCUGAUGGCAAAUUAAACGACGACACUAUCGGCUUUAUUUUCGGCUUCGGGCGCCGAGUAUGUGCUGGAAGGUACUUUGCUGAUGCCUCCUUGUGGAUUUCUAUGGUGUCUUUGCUAGCAACUUUCCGUCUUAUGAAACCAUUGGACAACGAAGGCAAAGAAAUAGAUCCUGUCUUUAAAUGGACCACUGGACUAAGUUCACACCCCGAAUCUCUUCCUUGUCGUAUCGUUCCCCGACACCCGGACAUGACUGCCCGCAAGCUUGCAGACAUAAUAGACCUCAGCGCAUGA